AAGUAAUAACAAAAACAUGGCGGCAUUUUCGACUGCUGGAGAAUCAGUAAAUAGUUAUUUCAAUAUUGACGACAUUCUAGCAAGUCAAGAGAAGAUACCAUGCAGCUUUAAUGUUGAUGUAGCUGCGAUGGGUAUGGAUUUAAAAGAAAAUUUGUUGGUUGAUAUUUUAAAUCAGGGGUCUCAAUCAUCCGAGGGCGCGGGAGGCAGAGUCUGAGUCAACUGAGUGAGACUGGGCCACAUCUCAAGUAUUCCACAAAAAAGCGAUUACAAAUUCAAUAAAGUAAAAAUGUUACAGUCUGCUCAACCUUUUGUAAUAACAAAUAAAAACUGCUUGUUGCCAGAGACCUGACAGGCCACGUGACCAAGCUGACAGGUUCGGAAUUUUCCUCACUUGUAAACAUAAGCUGCAAUUUUAAUAGGGAUUCUUUGAUACUUGUCAGAUUGCUAUGAUUUACACAAUUAUGGUUGCACAUUACCCACUAACUGACUUUUUAAAUUUGUAUAUAUAAUAUUCAAAGAAGCGUGUUUUCUCAAACCGCACUUUGCCAAUGUUUGUCUCAUAAAAUGCUACAAAUUAAAAUAAGAACUUUUAGUCCGAUUUUAAAAUGUUUUUUGCCAUUAUAAUCAACAUCUAAAUCUGUACAAAAAUAAUGAAAGUCAGUAUUGGUGAGGUUCGACCGAAACCGUCAGAAUGGGGAAACUGCGCAGGCCGCAUUAACACUAAAUUUGCUUUCAUGUCGCGGGCCGGGCUGCAAAAUAUCGUCUUGCAGCAGGAAAUGGCCCACGGGCCACGAGUUUGAGACCCCUGUUUUAAAUGAUCUGAAUCUGAUUUUUUUUUAUGACUUAUCAAGACUUGUGAUAAGUAAAGUAACAGUAACAAUAACAAGCAAGCGAGUCAUAAGUUGACAUUUCAUAAGUAUAAGCCAUAAGUGAUAAAGUUAUAAGCACACUGACACUUGUCACUGCACAGUCUAAAAAUUGAAGUGAAAGUGACAAAGAUUACACUUACACCCAAUAGGACUGACUAGUCACAAAUACUAGUGCAGUGAAACUUGGAAAUAACGCAAAUCUUUGAGUCUUGUGAUGAGACUGAAGAAAACGUUAAAAGUGGUGCUGUUUGUUUGCAGGGUGUUAUUUUUAGAUUCAGCCAGUACUAAGAAACUAUUGCAUUUCAGGUUGAGUUAGCGUAGGGAUUGUUAAUCAGGGGUGCCUGCAUUCCCUUGGGCUUGGGAGCAAGAGGCAGUGUCAGUGUAGGAACUUUAGAAACAUCGAAAAUUGGGUAUCAUAAUUACGUUAUCAAAAGGGUGACCUAAAAUAUCAUUGUUUAGGAUUUUUUUGCUGAUUAUAGGCUAUAGUACACCAUGCACAUUCUUUUUCUGCUUUGUAUCUUAGAGUAGAUAUCUGUUUUUCUCAUUAGACAAAUUGUUCAAAAAUAGAAUUUAAGGUUUCAACUUUGAAUAUUGAAGGUGAAAUAAUGCGAACUUUACUGAGUCAUAUUUUUUUACUUACAAGAAAAGAUAUUCAGAAAUAAUUGCGUACAUUACAACAUAUAAAAAAAAUUUGUUUGGUUAGGUCCAGAGUUUGGUCAGAAAGUAAGUGACAAACUUUUGUCAUGUGUCCCAAAAAUAGGUAUUAUCCAUAAAAUUAACAUUUUUUUAUGUGGUGAAUUUUUUUUAUACAUACUGGAAAGUAUUCAAUAAUAACUUUUUUAAAAAACAGGCAAUUUAAUAACACAAAUAUAUUUUUUAAAUAUGAUUUUUAUGCCUUUAUUUAGAUUUAAACGAAUUUAGCCUUUUUUGUUGGUGAGUGGGAAUAUAGCAGAAUAGCCUUUACUACACUGCUUUACACUUACAGUCUUACAAAUAAUAAGUAUAUAAAGACCCACCACAACAUAUUAUAUGUUAGACUUAUUAUGGGUCAUCAAUAAAGUAUGUCACACUAUAUUUUGGUAAUUUUGUAUCCCUCUCCCCUGUCAAAAUAUGUCAUAAUUCUAAAGCCCCCCCCCCCCCCCCCCCCCUGGUCAUCAAUAAAGUAUGUCACACUAUAUUUUGGUAAUUUUGUAUCCCUCUCCCCUUUCAAAAUAUGUCAUAAUUCUAAAGCACCCCCCCCCCCCCCCCCCAACCAAGAAUUUCGAACUUUCCAACUAAAUAGUUGUAUUAAAAUUAAAAACUAAUUAAUAUUUAAACUAAAGCACAGUCAACUAUUAAACCUAUUAUAUUUAUAAAAGUGCCAACUUAAUCCAGAAUAAAUCUAUCACAACAAAAAGUUUAACAUCACUGUAAAUGUCAAGUUUUAUUUGUACCGGUAAUGAUAAAAAAAUAAAAUGUCACAUUGUUAUAGAAAUUUAUAUCUGAAAUAUUAUUAUUGUGGGACAUGAAAACCAAUUAAUUAAUUAAAUAAAAAUGAGUGUCAAGUCAGCAUAUUAAAAAAAUUGUUAAUAAAGAAAAUUAUAGAUAUAUAAAAAGAAAUUUGAGGAAUAUUGACAGUAACUAAAUUUAUAUUUUGUGUCUUGUUUUUUGUAAUGCUCAUAUCUAACUAUAUUCCCUGUAAAUAUUAUAAUUUUACCUAAUUUUCUAUUAGUUAUUUGCCUAAAAUAAAAAUAAAAACGGCUUACGAAAUGUCGAGGAAAUUUCAAAAGUAAAAAAGUGAUUAUUAUGUCCUUAGUAAAAAAUUCAACAUUUUUGACCCACUUGAGCUAGAAAGUUGAUCUUCAUGUUUUUGUAAACCAUUUACUAGGCGCUUAACAGCUUCAGUAACUGUAUAUUUUUAACUUAUUAUUGAAAUUUUAACCAAAGUGUCUAAGCGGUGUGACAGUGUGGGAAAGACUCAGGUUUUUUGCAUUUUUAUUAGGAUUUCUUAUAAUUAUAAUGGAGAAUAUGGGAAAUAUAUUUUGAGAUCAAGAUGGGUUGCAGGAAGUGUUUUUGAAAUCAAGAGGGGGUGGGGGUGCAGUUCUGCAAAAAUUUUAAUAGCCUCUGAGCUAAUGCAUAUGGCAUGGACAAGGCUAUAUCUUUACAAUGUUAAUUAUUUCCAGGUUUCACUUUACUAGGCUAAGUGACUAAACAUUUAAAAAUGUUACAUUGUCUAGGCCUGUUGUAUAGCUUGGUUACAAGCCACAAUAAGGGUACCUUUCUUACUUAUAAAACUUAUAAAUAAACUUUAUUAGGUCCAUAAAUAAAUUAUAUUAUUAUGAUGGCUUACAGAUAGUGCUGAAAUAUUUAGCAGCUAAAUGUCAAGGUGUAAGAAUCCCUGAGAGUCUGUUUUGUGCCAGGCAGAGGGAUACUGAAGGCAAAGGGGGGUAGUACGGUAGUGUGAGCAGGUGGUCAGUAGAGCAGGGGAGAGUGAGUGGGUAGGACACUGACCAUAUCAGUGUUAUGGUCAGUUUAUGUUAGGAGUGUUGUCAGAGAGCCCUUUGGUAUGUGUGGUUCUUUGGUAUGUGUGGUUCUUUGGCUGAGCUUUUUAGCGAAACCCAGAUUACUAAUGGGAGAACUUGUUAGAAUAGAGAGUAGUGAAAGAAAAGUUUAUAAUUACUAACUGGAAAAACUCUUGCGUAAGUCUUUGUGUAUUUUGUGUACAGUGUGAAAGUCAUACCCUAGACAACAGAGUAACAGACCUGAACUUAUUCGGGACACUAAACUGAUACAACUGGGCUACUAUCCUGCAAAGGGGGUUCCACUUACAUUACUUAUGCGCUGAUACGAUGCACGCUUGGAGGCCGAAUAUUGUGUGUAUGUGUGCAAUAAAAGAUAACUUUGCUUUCUUGAGCAUUCGAAGAGUGCAUCAUAACGGAUAAAAACAUGAACCUCCUUUUUAUCAUUAUCCACAUAAAACGGAAGCCCAUAAACUUAAGGUAGUAUUUUUUAACCUUAAUUUCUAAAUUUGUCUUUUUUUUUUUCAGGCUACCUUGAUCAGAGCACAACAAAUGUUGACAUAAGUGUUGGGACUAAGCUAGAACUGCCCUUCUGGCUAGCACGUUAUUUAUACAGGGGUACUCGGAGUAUAGUCAGCUUAGAAACACCAAAAAGCUACAGAGAAGGCUACAGGCAUAUACUAAAGGCAGACCCCAAUGUGGUAGAUCUUCAUAGACUUGGACCAUUUUUUUAUUUAUUUGGCGGAAAACUAAUCUCAUUUCAGCUCCCUGAUGCUGACGAUAUAGCCAGUAUUUUAUUGAAGGUAGAUAUUUCAUUUUAUUUUUACAAUAUAUAAAAAAAACACUUUUUUUUUGUCACAGUCAAGCAUCGAAUUCUAGGCUUUUAUUUUUGUUUGUUCCAAAAAUAAUUUAUGAUAAAACAUCAUGUGUUUUUGUUGUGCUGACCACCAUUGUGCAACUUAUUUUACAUAAUUCUUGAAACACAUCGCUUUGUAUUCUAGUGGCAAAGUGUAAGAUUCUUGCUAAUAAAACAAGAGGCUGAUAAUACAAGAUUGUAUCAAGAGGCUGUACAUGAAAGUGUUAAGCUCUCAGAAUAGACCUUAUCAAUAUCAUUUAGUCUGACUCUAAUUUUGUAUUGCGGAGUGUUUUGUAAUACUUUGAGACUCGAUUUUCGAUGAAAACAUUAUUACAAGUUAUGUUAUAAAACAUACUGAUAUAAAUGAUUUAUACACUGAUAUUAAUUGCUAAGUUGUGUAGCGAAAUUCAGUUUGAUGCAAUUUAUCAAUUAAAGCCAAACACUGGUAGCUUCCAUACUAAACAUUAACGUGUGGGUUGGCUUUUUAGACUUAGGCGUUGUCUGCAUGUUAAAAAAAACCAACACAUUACCAAAAAGCUGUAAAACCCAUUUAUGCAAUUUCAGAAAUGACGAACUAUUUAAAUACUGUUUUAGCUUUAUUUGAAGGAGAAAAGAAAAUAUAAUAAAAACAUUUGAAUGGCUAUUUGUGAAAUGUAUAUUUUUUUGCAUAGUAGAAAUGCUACCUGGAGAGUCUAGAAUGUAUCAUUAUUUGAAGAAAGUAAAAUAAAUCUAUAUUAAAGUUGAAGCCCGAAGGAAAAAAGGCCAGGGUUCUAUGGUGUCAACCAUUGAUAAAAUUGAUAUUAUUGAUUAUUGUGUUGCUUUUUAUUCCCAGACUUUCCAAGGUAGAUUUCGACGUAUAAUGGAUGGUUCCCAGAAUGCACUACACACCGACCUGACAGGUCAAGUUAGCAUGCUAGAUGAGCAAGAACGGCAGCUGUUUGCCGCUGGACAGCAAGGGCUGCACGAUUUUCAGAAAUGGGAAAACAGGGAAUCUGAGAAGUUGUCAACAUCGGUUAUGAUAGCUAACCACAGGAAGCGGAAGCGUAUUGGAGUCAGCACUCAGCCCUCAUGACAGUCUUUGCAAUAAUUGUGUUAUUAAAAAUAUAGAAACAUUACAGUAAUUGUGUCAAUAAAAAAAUAUAGAAAAUUACAAUAAUCGUGUCAAUGACAUAGGGAGGUAAACAUAGCUCUCACCUUUUUUAUUUGCCCUUUUUAUAAAUAAAAAAUAUUGAAGAUGCCCAAAAAAAUCCCUAUGAAAAUGAAAGAAUUAUUGAUUAAAAAUUCACCUUUAUUAACAUUA